AGAUUUUAAUUAUUUGUUAAAUCAAUUAACAACCUAACUGUUAAAUCUAAUGCUAUUACAUAGAUAUAACCAUUUUAGUAAAGUAUCUCAUAUAAUUUAAAGAAAAGAAGAUAAAAAGAAAAUAUUUAUUGGCAAGUUUUUAACUAAUUAAUAAAAUUUCGUAUCAAUUUAUAACAUAAAUAAAAUUCAAUCAUAGUUAUAAAUUCUGUGUAAAAGUGUUAAAUGUGAUAAUAAAUCACUUCCAGGCAAAUGUCACGAACAUCGCGUUACCCGUGACAGUGCCUUUGUUUGCUAUAAAUAGAAAAAGCAUAUUAUGAAAUUUUUAAAGAAACUUUUUAAUAUUUUUAAUAAAAAUUGAAAGGUGCAAAUAAUCCUAAUGUAGACUGAUUUAGAUCUUAUACCUUUAAAUCCUUUUAUUUUGUGCUUAAAUGCCAAAUUUUAUUAUAUAAUUUCACAAUGGAAUUAAACAAUGUGGGAAACAAUAAAAGUUCCAUACAUGUGGCAAUAUCAUUCAAAAAAUUAUGCAUAGCAACGGUAUCUUUACCUCUUGUUACACUUUUAGUGUGUUUUAUUACUGCAUAUAUCUUCCAACAAGAUGAUAUUCAUGAAACACAUUGUAGAGUUUAUAAUGUACUUCCAUCAAUCUCAGCUAUUACUGGUAUAUCUCCUCAAAGAUAUUUAUGGCGCAUAAGUAUAGCAUUACAUAUAGGUCCUCGUCUAAUUAUUGCUAGUGUAUAUCAUUCAUAUUAUUAUAAAAUACUCAAGACAAUUGAAGAUGUACCAUCUAAAAUCAUGGGAUGUAGACUUUUAAAUCUAUGUUAUUGGUUAAGCAUUGCAGAAGUGGCAGCUUUAUGUGGUGUUACAUAUAUUUCUAACAGAGAAAAUUAUUCUGUGCAUGAAAAAAUUUUCAUUGCCUUUAUGAUUAGUUCUUUAACAUAUAUGUUAACAGCAGUAAGAUUAGGUCGUCUCAUAACACCAAAUGCACAAAGUCUUCAGUACAAACAGGCACUUUUUAUAACUAGUCUUGUUAGUACUGUUGGACUUAUUAUUUUCUUCCUAAAACACAGAUUAUUAUGUCAUGAUCUAGCAUUUAGCUGGUUUUCCUUAUGUGAAUAUGUGAUUGCUUCUGCGAAUAUGGGUUUUCAUGUGACCGUAAUUCUAGAUUUUCCCAAGGAGCAAUUGAUUGUUGGAAAUGGUUUACCUUCCUUAAAGGUGGAUUAACUUGUAAUAUUUUGUACUCAUUAUUAUCUUUUUAUUGUCAUCAAAGUGCCUACUGCCACUGUCUGGAAGUGCUAUUGCCAAAAAUGAUAAAGAAAAUAAUAUUACAUAUUAUAUAUAACUGAGUAUCCACUGAUUGGUAAAUAUUUAUUAAUAUUAUUUGUAAAUAUUUAUAUAUUAUGAAUGAAAUCAAAAAUUUAAUAAAAUCAAAUAUUAAAAAAAUUGUCUCAUUAAAAAAAAAGCAAAUAUAAAAUUUAUAUUAAAAUUGUUAUAAUUUUUUUUAACUUAAGCUGAAUAAUUCUAUAUUUAUUGAAUUUAUAUUUAAAAAUAUUUUUAAAAAUAUUUAUUUGACACAUAUUUAUUUGAUUAAAUAUAUUAUUUAAAUAGAUUCUCUUUAUUAUAUUUAUAAAAAAUAUUUUAUAUAUUUGGUGGAUACACAGUUUAAAGCACAAUAUCUUUUUUAUUAGCAUUAUUAUUAAGAAUUUUGAUGUAAUAAUACUCAUUUUAUUCAAUGUAUACUUUGCAUAAUGCAAAAAUUUAAGAUAUUUUUAUUCUAGUAUUUCUUAAUCAUUAAUGAUUUAUUUAUUAUAUUUAUUAUAAGUCAUCUUUCAAUAGUUCUCGUAUGAAAAAGCACAAUUAAAGAUAAAAGAUAAAAAAAAAAUUUUAAAAAAUCUAGCGCUUCCAAAGUAUGGCACUGGUAUCUUCCCAGGCAAUGAGAAAAAAAAUCUUUAAUGGCCUUUUAGGUAGUGGAAACUUGUAGUGAUACAAGACAAAUAUGUAUCCUACAUACAAACAAUAUUCAAUAUAAAAACUUAGAAUAAUGGAAUUUCAUAUUUAAUUUCUAUGUCUCAAUUUAAAUAAGGAAAGAAUUAGUAUUAGCAUAAAAUAAAGAAUUGUGACAUAUUAGCUAUAAAUUAAGAAUGACUAAUUUAUCUAUAAAUUAUAAAUUGUUUUUUUGAAAGUUCUUUACAAAGUGAGAAAUCUAGUCGGUAAUUAUUUCUAGUCGUUUUAUAAAUCUCUUUUUUUUAUCUGUUUUAAAAUAUCAUCAUUAUUACGUCGGACUAUUUGACGCAUUGUUAGCAUGUAGGAUGCAUUUACAUUAACGUGUCUUUCGUCUUUAAUGAGGAUACGUUCAUGGAAUAAAUGUACGUAAUAAUUUAAGAUAAAGUAGAAAUAUUAUUCAUUAUUGUACAGUUGUAAUAACAUCAAUAUAUUUUGUGUUUGGAUAANUACAUGGAAUCGCAUAUUAUAUAAAAAUGAAGAAAAGAAAUUUUAUGCACCA